ACUCAAACGAGUCACCUCACGAGUGAGGGGCUCAUCACUAGUAUCUACGUUCUUUUGGUAGGUUUAAAAAACAAAGUUCAGCAAAAUUCAUUAAAUGAAAUAGUGACUAGUUUGUCGGUGGAAAAAGAGCCUCGUACGAUGUAAAUGUAUUUUAACGAAUGUCCGUUCAAUUUUUUCGAGUAGUUGUUGAACGAAGUGGUUUGAUCGCCAAGCCAAACGUCGCAGAAAUAAACAUUCGCUUUGCAAAUUUGUUUUUUUUUGCAUACUGUAUGCGAUACGUCAUACAAUUUAGGGUUUUUCGUUUUCAUGUAAAAAAUUAAAUAAAUAAAUAUUAGACGCCAUUAAAUACAUUCCUAAAAUUCUAAAUUGUACCAAUAAAAUAGGUACUGUUUUCUGAGUGAUUAUAUCAAGUUUACAUCUAUGUGUUUUAUCUGCAAUAAGUUUUUAAAUUUAUUUUAGUAUACUUAUUUGGUAUGAUCGUUUUUAAAAGCUUGAAAUUAAAAUCUCUUUAGCAAAUUCAACGAUAGCGUCAAAAGAUUAUAUUGCACUUGUCAUUUUAUAAAAAAUCACAACAAUGUAAAGUUCAUCGUAAGAACUGUGACUAAAAAUUGUAAUAUUUUAUGUAAUCUUAAUUAUUUCUAAUAUAAUUUAAUAUUUAAUUAAAAAGUGAUAUAUUGAGAAUGUCUUUCGAAAAACCAGUAGUUGUCAUCGACAAUGGAAGUUAUAAUAUCAAAGCCGGAUUUUCUUGUGAUAAUCAUCCAGUUGCUAUGUUUAGAACUGUUGUAGGAAGACCUAGUUAUCUCAACGGGGGCUAUGGACGCGAAUAUUAUGAUGUACAUAUAGGUGACGAAGCCGUAGCAAAGAUAGAUGAAUUAGAUCUUAACCAGCCAAUAGUAAAUGGAAGGAUUGUCCAUUGGGAUAAUAUGGAGCGCAUCUGGCAUUACUUAUUUUACAAAGAGUUAAAGGUGGCUCCGGAAGAUCGUUCUAUGAUGUUAGCUUGUUCCGCUGUUUCUUCAAUGGACGAAAAAUUGAAGUGCUGUGAAAUAAUUUUUGAAACUUUAAACAUUCCGGCUUUAUGUAUUCAAUCUCAAGCUGUGCUCUCCUUGUACGGUUCUGGAUACUCUACGGGAAUAUCAGUGGACUUAGGAUACGACACUGCCGAUGUAUGUCCAGUGUACGAAGGUGGACUUAUUCGUUACGCUCAUAUGCAAACUAACUAUGCUGGUGCGCAAUUUGCAAAUUUUUUCAAAGAGAGUUUAGCAGAGAAGAAUUAUCAUGAUUUUGGGAUUCGUACACCAGAAAUUUUAGAGGGCAUGAAACGUUAUUUGUAUAUAACUCAAGAUAUAUCAAUGUCACGGAAAGAUUAUAAGAGAAUAUAUACACUACCCAGCGGUGAAAAAAUUGAUAUUGGUUACGAAGCAUUCAUGGGUGCUGAAAUGAUAUUUCAACCUCGAGUAAUAAUGGGACCUAACGUUAAUGUUAUAGCGUUACAAGAAGCUAUAGUCACUGCUGCUAUGAAGUGCGAUGCUGACUUGCGGUCAGAGCUAUACGAAGCAGUUGUUCUGUGUGGAGGAAUGUCGAUGAUUCCUGGUCUGAGUACAAGAUUGGCAACAGAAGUAGAAGAAAUAACACACAAGCCAGUUAAUAUAUUAAUGACAUCGGAGGCUUAUGCUGUCGCUUGGCUAGGAGGGGCAACUUUUGCUGGCAUGCCAGCUUCUAAACAAAUGUGGGUUACUAAGAAACAAUAUAAGGACUAUGGGGCUAAAAUCGUGAAAAAUAAAUUCAUGUAA